UUUUUCCUACUUCGAUACAUUCGAAGCUGAACCUUCUAGUGGCCAAUGAUUAUUCAGUAUGCCGAGAAUCUUGGUGCAGAGCGCGUGAUCAUCGUGACGAUACCGAAUGGUCCUUUCAACAGUUCUUGUUUAUAUGUGUAUCUACCUAUAUAAAUUAGUACAUACUUCAAUCUGAUUUUCCUUUGUGUUUCCAUUGUGCCAGAUUACCAUUCGGAUUGCGAUAAUCGGAAAGGGUUUUUCUUUCUUUUCAUGAUUAUUCCGUCACGGGAAAUUGUCGCCGAUUCGUGGUAUCAAUGUGUUACAAUCCUUUCAAUCCUAUCGUGUUAUUUAUCAAUCGACACUGUGUCAUCAUCGUAAUGGAAGUAGUUUUGAAAUACUCAAUAAGCCUGCGUUCUCCACGGAUAAUAGCAGAUGAUGAUACGCUGAAUGAUACGGGAAAGUGAAUGGGAAAAUAGAUACUAAAAAUAACAGCCGUGAUGUAUAUUUUUAAAUACUGAAGCGCUUUCUUCACUUUUCAUCUCAUCUCGGCAGAGAAGAUUGCAGGAAAUAAAUGAGACGAGAGUAACAUGGAAUAAUUUGUAGAAAAAAGGAACAUAAAAUUAAAAAGUGUAUGCGUGCUUCCACAUUUUUGAAUAUUGGGGACAAUCAGUUUAGUGAAGACAAAUCGAAAAUAAUUCAUGUGAUUUUGGGAAAUCUCUAGUGACUUUUUGUGAGAAUCAACCAAUUUUGCGAGAACAAAUAUUUCUUUAAUUUUACCUUAUCGUUUUUUUCUCAAUGUGGGAUUUUUAUUAUAGCACACAAAAUGUGGAUUCCACAAAAGUUAUAUUUUUGUAUAAAAAGUUGUAAAAAUCAAUUCUAAAAUUGAAAAGCGUGUUGGGUCAAAUGCGGUUUAAUCAACAGGUUUUAAAAUAGUAUAAUCAAUACUACGACUGAAACGACAUGUGAAAACAGUAACGGAGACCUUUUCGGGAGUUUUGCUUUCCAUACAUAAUCAGAGUUUCAAUUCGGUAAAAGAACAAACUCAACAAUAUACAAUCGUAACUAGAUUCUGGAUUAACACUACCAAGAAAAAAGCGCAAAACCACGCGUAGCAAUGGCCGAUGACAUUUCCCAAGGCAGUAGACCCCCGUACAAAAAGCGCAGCUCCUCCAUUUCUGCACCAACAUGUGCAAGUUUAGAGACCGUAAUAAGUCCUCCCUCGGAAGGAGGAACGCCUGAAAAUGGAACACCCGGAUAUCGGCGUCGCAGGGCCGCUACAAGAUCGCAAAGCGCCCGUAUUACUGGACCAAGAUCGGUACGGCGAAAACCUCAACCAGCUCCUACCUUACAAGACUCCAAAGGACAUUUCAUAAGUGAACCUAGAUUGACUGAGCCAGAUACACCAUCACCACAUAAACGUAUGGGUUCGCAAAGAAGACUCGCACCAAAUUCAGCACCUCCGAAAAAAACGAAUGCCUUUCUAGAUGUACCCCACAUGAAUUUACAACAGCUGCAAGUGAAUGACCCAGACGAAGAUGAUAAUAUCAGGCUGAGGACAUUUAGUUCAUCAAAACAAGGCGUUGUUAAUCGUGGAGAUUCGUUCCGAAGAAGAAGAUCUAGAAGCAGCAGCUUGGCCCCUGCGAGCCCGAUUGCUCCAGAAAAAAUACUUCCUGUUAACAACACCCCUAUUGAUUCCUACGAAGUAAUCAUGAUUGGAGCAGCCGGUGUUGGCAAAGGGGCAUUACUGUCUCAAUUCAAAUCCUCAGAAUGCAUAAACGCCUACGACACAAGAGAAUCACAGACCGAAACAGAUCACGGGAAAAUUUAG